AUGGAUGGAGACAGAAAGAAGCGGAAGCUUGACAAAGAACCGGCGGCAGAAGAAGAAGAGAGCGAAGAGGAGAAGAUGGAGAAGUUCUUCGCCCUCAUCCGAAGCACGCGGGAAGCGCGCGACCGUCUCCGAGGCAGCGGCCUACCGUCCCAGGAGGAAUCCGAGAAGUCGCGGGAGGACCGGAGGAAAGCCGAGGAAGAUCUCCUCAGAUCGAAAGAAUCUGCGUGGAACCCCACAUUUCGACCUGAGGACUUCAGCCAGGAUCCCAUUCUGUAUACACCUUCGACGGCUGCUCCCAGUGCUCCCGACGUUCCGGGCUCGAGCAGCCACGAAGCUCAAGCCGGUCCUUCGAAAAGUAAACAACAGGACGAAGGAAAAGACGAUGAUGAUAAGAAGAAAAAAGAAAAAGAAGAUGGCGACGACGACAGAGAUGAUUUGAAUCUCAAUCUUUCUUUGUAG